UUCUGACGGCACCCAUUCACUGCAGAGUGAGUGCAUUAGUGAGCAAGUGAUGGAAGGCUACAUUUUUCUAAAUCUCAUGAAGAAACACACUUAUCCACAUCUUGGAUGGCCUGAGAGUGAGUCAAUUUUAAGCAAAUUUUUAUUUGAAAAUGAACUACUCCUUUAAACUAAUAUGUUGGUUAGCCACAUCAGAACCAAAGAUAGACAAAUCGGUUACUGUGGUUUUCAUUUAACCAACCAUGAAAGCUGAUCUCAAUGUCCCAUCAUUUCCUCGUGAGGGAUGUGGCUUCACCUGGCUCAGGUAUCAGGGUUGGGCCCAUUAUAAGUCAAUGCAGCUGGGAAACCUGCACAGAAUCCUGGUACUGAGAAGAAACUAAGCUUUUCUAUACAAACAAGUAGAGACACUGGGAAAUCAUGCGGUUCAGCAUCUUCUUCUCCGUCAUCCUCCUGGGAUUCCUCUACCUCACACUAGCACAAGGCUCGUAUGAGGACUGCUGUCUGCAGUACGUCAGAAAAAUUAAAUCGUCCACUAGGAACAGAGUGGUCAGCUACAGAAAACAAGAGCUGGACGGAGGCUGCAACAUCCCAGCUGUUGUCUUCACAUUGAAACGUGGCCGUAUGAUGUGCACUGACCCCAGAGAGAAAUGGGUCCAUGAACUCAUGCGGAAGGUGGACAUGACAGAAAGAUCAUUUAUAAAGAGGAAGAAUUCACGGGGUUAAACAAGCCAGUGGUGGCCGAGAGAGGACCAGAGGGAAAACAGCUCGAGUGUCUCGGCCAAUCACGUUCUUUCUUUGAGUUCUGGCUCUUCAGCAUAGAUUGACUGAUGUUCUCAGUAGUUCCGGUGUUCUGUGCUCUAUCUGGUAUCAGGUGGCAUUUGCUGUUUCCAGACAUUUGUCGCUUCACUGACGGAUUGCUGGUUAAAUGCUCAGAAUGGAAGAUGGCCAUUAUUUUCCCUUUCCACCUGCUGCUGCUGUCAUCACUUCCAAGCUCUGUCGUAAAACCUUGUGAGCUCCCUGCUUGACGCAUGCGCACUACAAAGAUUUAUUUCUUGUGCAGUGUCUGCACUUUUCUCUCCAAAGUUAUGAGCGAUAAAAAUGUCUUUGUGCUCAUUUAGACUAUAAUAUCGCCUCCUCACACAAGCACGGUCUUUAGCAGUCAGUCUCCUCCGUAUAUUUUCCGACUGUGAAGCAAAGGGUGGUUCAGACAAACUGAUUACUGCAAUAAAUAAAUAAAUAAAUAAAACACAUGCGCAUACAGUACGAGUGUACUGUGCUGAUGACGAAAAAAAAAAUCGCCUAUGAAGUAAAAAGUGACUCUGCAUAGCAAUCAACGCAAUCAGUUAGCUAGUGUUCCUCAUGUAAAUCGCAUUUAAAUUACAAUGCAUUUAAAUGUCUUUUACUGGUUCUUUUCAGUAUUUAAUAAAAUGUAUAUUUAAAUUUCUUCCGCUUUGUCCGCCAUAUUUCAAUGCAUGCAAUGCUGCUUAAACCUACGGACUACAUAGGCAGCUCACUAGGUUUUGGAACAGAGCUCAUGUGUAUAGCGUUACCUUGAGGGUCGUGUUAAGCUACUGUAUUAUCAACUUUCACUUUGUACACUUUGAUUUACCGCUUUUGCCCCACAGUAUCAAUAAACAGUCAGUGUGAUAAAAAAUAUUAUUAGUCGUAGAUGUGGGUGGGAAGGUUUUGCAAUCAAAGCAGAUAAUCCUUCUAUUUCCUUAUGAGUUUAUUAUACUGCCGAUGCACCUACAAGUGAUUUUUGAGUUUGUACGAUAUUAUAAUGCUUUGUAAAUUAUGAUUUGUUAUUUUUCUUAAUGCAAUGAGCUUAAUGAGUGAUUAUUUUAUAGGCUAGUUAUUGAUAGAAUGAAUCCUCAUAGAUCUCAUUUAUAUUCAUAAAUCGCAAUUUCUGCAUAUUUUGUUUUAUACCUUUGGUUCUUUUUUAAUUUAAGUGGAACUACUGUUUUUUACUUUAAUGUUCACGCUUGAUCCAGUGAGAAUGUAUCUUUAUAAAGGAUGUGAUGCAGUGAGUUUUGAAACUGGGUCAUAAGCUCUUUGAUAAAAAUAUUCUUUACACUACAGAUAUUUUCUCAUAUAUCA